AUGUCCAGGGACACAGUUCUGCUGGGGCCGAGCCUGCUGGGAGCCACCAUCCUCCUCUGCCUGGUCGGUGUCCUCCAGGCCUUUGCCAUCGAGAAGAAAGGGGAUGUGUUCAAGAAGAUGGCAUGUCCUGCCUUCCUGACAUUUGAGAACGUCGCCUACUUGGCAGACAUGACCUUCAAGCUGCCCUGCAAGUGCAAGCCCGAGGAGGUCUCUUCUGUCAUCUGGUACUUCCAGAAGAACCUGCACGGCUGCGAGACCACGGAGCUGACGGACUUCAACGGCACCGUGGUGCUGGACUCCAGCCACAUCCACACAGGCAGCGACCUGCUGAAGCGCUUCAGCAUCCCCAUGUUCAGACUCAUCAUGUUCCGGGCCCAGGUGAGGGAUUCUGGGCACUACCUGUGCGGCUCCAAGGAAGGGUGCUUCCUGCGCCUCCUGCACCUCCGCAGCCCCGAGGUGGCCGUCCGGAGCUGCUUGGCACUGUGCCCGCCCAAGGAGGUGCCCAAGGAGGGAGUCCAGUCCAUCUCCAACAUCAUCUACAAGUUUGGGGAGAAGCCCGUGUCCCCAUCCCGAACUGACCUGGUAAUCACAUGCCCGGGGGCCUGCCUGGAGCACACCGUGGGCUGGGACAAGGACUCGGUCUGGCUCUACCGCUCCCAGUACCUCAUGGGUGUUGGGAAGGGCAUGAGGGUCUUCAUCGACCACAGGAACCACCUGCAGAUCCUGUGGGUGCGCAGGAACAACAGGGGCACCUACUUCUGCUGGAGGGACGGCGAGAUGAUGGCGGGAUUCUGGCUCACUAGCAUCACCUUCCCAGCUCAGCACCGGUGCGGCCCUGAAUCCAUCUUCAUCAUGAGGGCCAUAGGCAUCAGCUUCGCCGUCAUCAGCAGCAUCUUCUUCCUUGCCCACCUGGGCCGCUGCUGCUGGUGGGUGCUCAGGAAACCGUCCAGGUUGUAGCGUCUCCCCUGCAGGGCACUUGGAUGCCUCGGAUCAUCCUCCUGUUGGAA